GCUGGGUCUACCACAGUGGCGAAUGGACGUUGUGCAGAGCCGUGAAUGCGCAACAGCAGGCGCGCUCCCCGACCGUCGGUAUAAAACUGAGGCGCCAGGAUCUCGCAAAGCUCUACGCGAGGCAGGCCGUAGGCGCGUACCAUUUUCAAGCUCUUCCAAUAAAGUGCCAAUCUAGGAGUAAACAUGUACAGAACUACAAGGUCCCCAAUGAUGCAGCCCCUGGUCAACUCUGGAAUGGGCAUGGCUCCUUUCUUCAAGGUGACUGUGUUCGAGCAGGAGCAUUUCCAGGGCAAGUGUCUGGAGUUCACCUCUGAGUGCUGCAACAUCCAGGAUUGUGGACUGGACAACAUCCGCUCCAUCAGGGUGGAAAGUGGAGCCUGGGUGGGUUUUGAGCACCACGACUUCCAGGGCCAGCAGUUCAUCCUGGAGAGAGGAGAGUACCCCCACUGGGACGCUUACAGCGGCUCCCUCUCCUACCACGUGGAGCGCUUGAUGUCGCUGCGCCCCAUCUUCUGCGCUUCCCACCAGAGCAGUCGCAUGCUCAUCUUUGAGAAGGAGAACUUCAUGGGCCGCAGUGUGGAGAUCUGUGAUGACUACCCCUCUCUGCAGGCCAUGGGCUGGAUGAUGCCUGAGGUUGGCUCCAUGCACGUGCAGUGUGGCGCCUUUGUUUGCUACCAGCACCCUGGAUACAGGGGCCAGCAGUACAUCAUGGAGUGUGAGAGGCACAGCGGAGACUACCAGCACUGGAAGAACUGGGGCUCCCACUGUCAGACCCCCCAGAUCCAGUCCAUCAGGCGUAUCCAGCACUGAGAGGCAGACCGGCUGAGACUGAUACAGCAGCUCCCCUCAACCCCUCUACCCUUCCACUUUCUUUCUUCCCCUCUUCAAUCCUUUCCUUCCUCUUGACUUGAGACGCAACAGCCGCCCCCAACUCCACUACUGAUUUACAAAUGCUGCCAGAGUGUGAUAAGAGACAAGAUCGCACUGUUAAAGCACAGGGAAACACAUGCUCCACAUACACACAAGAUGACACUCAGUGUCUUUUUACUUGGUUUAGAGGUUCCUACGCACUCACACACAAACACACACCUGCGCUGUACUCCUCACCUGAGCUGGGCGAUGAGUAGAGUGAAUCCUCAGUGAGCUUGAACCAAACAGAGGGGAGCUGAAGCUCCAACAUGGCGACAUGAUGAGAGAAAGCCUCCCCAGCAGCACCCAGUCUCCUCAGUGCAGUCGCCUGCGCUGGGGUGCAGCUCAGAUGUGUUGUAUUGUUGUGUGCAGGAGGUUGAUCCACAGGUUGAUUACUAAUAAACUCAUUUUCACUUCA